AUGUCAAGCUCAGACAAUUCUCUUUUCAAUCCUGCUGAUGAUCCAACCAGUCAUUAUUAUCUACAUCCUAGUGACAAUCCUGGUGCACUGAUUGUUUCUGAAAUCUUCAAUGGAGACAAUUACAACUCUUGGAGCCGCUCAAUUUCCAUGGCAUUGAGCGUGAAAAAUAAAUUAGGCUUCAUUGAUGGAUCCUUGAAAUCCCCAAGUCCAUCAUCUAUUGUUACGUAUAAUUGUUUGGUUCGAGCAAAUGAUCUGGUAAUCAGGUACAUUCAAAGUGAUGGACCUAGAGUAUACUAUUUGGAGAAAUGCCUAAGUUCCAUUUCUCAAGGAUCACAAAGUCUCACCGUGUAUUACAACUCAUUCAAAGCUAUUUGGGAAGAAUAUAUCAGCUACAGACCUCUGCCUAAGUUCAGUUGUGGGAUGCUCUCCAAUUACACUAGAGAUACAUUGAAGAAUAUAUCAAACACUCAGCAAUCAGAUGCUGUCAUGAAGUUUCUUGUUGGAUUAAAUGAAUGCUAUUCUGCACUAAGAAGCCAACUCCUGCUUACUUCUCCCCGUCCAUUAUUGGCUCAAGUUUAUGCCCUUAUGCUUCAAAAAGAGAGUCAAAGGGACCUGCAGAAUCACUCCUCCCCAGAAUCAGCUGCUAUGACAGCAAGACAACCUCAUAGAACAUUCAAUAAACCUCACUCUUGGAAGGACAAGAAGAAGCCAGAAUGUACCCAUUGUGGAUACCCCAAUCACACUGCUGAUAAAUGCUUUCAAAUCAUAGGAUAUCCUCCUGGCUGGAAGGGACCAAGAGGUCCAAGAACCUUGAUUGAUACCUCUGCUGCUCAUGUUGUAAGCCUAGACCAAUCUGCAGAACAUGAGGAACCAAGCAUUUCAUUCAAUCAAGAUCUCUUUCAACAAUUAUUAGCAUUUGCUAAGACUCAACAAAUAUCCCUUCAAUAG